AUAGAAUCAGUCCACAAGAUGUGAAGAGCCGGGUAUGUCCUCGUCGUAACUGCUGUAGGUUAUCGCUGUCUAAGGCGUAACCAUGUUGCCAAGGAAACCAGGGUCACGUGGCAUGCAGAGGGACGAGUCGUUUGACUUCGACUCUCGGGCGGGCAUCAAGAACCACAUAGAAGAAAGACUGCUCAAGACCAGACUGGAUCAUCUGAGACGAGAGCAGCAAAUCCGCUUCAACGCCUUGACCUAUGAAACGAACAAAGUUCGACAGCUAUUGAGGCAAAUGCCUCCUCCACUCAGCUUGUCUAGGGGCGUCCCGAGUGGACCUUCGCGCCAUGUUGAUGAUGAAAGUGUACCUUCCCACGAAGGUAAAAAUUCCAGUGAGUCACAACAGACCAAGAGACUGAAUACUGCAUGGCGUAAAUCUAGUUGUAAUUUCACAGAAGAUCUAUCACAACACCACAGCACAUCUAGUAUAAUUGCCAACGAUAUGAAGUCACACAAAAAUAAUGGCGGACAUUCCCAUCAUGCUUUGGGCGGAUGGAUGGCGGAGAAACAGAACUCAGGUGCAUUAUUUGAGAGGCAGAGAUGCAGAGGCUUGAAAAAUAGCGGACUGGGCCGUGCUCAGACAAGCCUCGAUGACGCUACACAUAGCAGAGAUCUAGAAAGCACGGAAGUCUCUCGUCAGAGGGCCAGAACUUGUGUUCCACUACUGAGUAGGAGGUUGGACGGCGAGAACAGUCCCAGACAACGGCAAAGAAGUAACACCAUGCCGUCAGUUAGAACUGGACACCACGCCCUGACGAUGUCUCGCUGUCUUACGAAGAACAUGCAACAGAAUACAAGACGCUGUCGGUCAUUCCAAGUUCUGAAAACCGUGCAGAUGUCACAGCAGUCGGCUGUCAAGAGAACUUGGCCGGUGCGAGAGGAGAUCAGCACAAAAUUGUUAAGGAGUAGAAAAUGGUGGAAUGUGCAAGAGGCUAUUAAACAGAAAGUGCAGGCUUUUCUCACGAAAGAUCUACCGCCUUCAGGAGUGCAUUGGGCAGAUGUGUCUGAUAGUUCAGAUGAUGACUAUGAUGACGAAUUGCAGUAGUAUUAGUGUAGGAAUUUUGAAUUAGCUGGGGGCGACGAACGUUUCCCAGACACAACUAUUAAUAUACAGAAAAAUUCACAUUUUUAAUGUUAUACAAACCUCUGAUCUUAAAA